UUUCAGGCUGCCAAAUGCAGCAAAUGCUAUCAACAAAUGCCUCCGAUGCACCUGUUGCCGUCAUCUAUCAAGAAUACAACAGCGGCAACAAUGAAGAAGAAGUGGUAGUCGGCGUUGGUGGCGGCCCCGGCAGCCAGCACAAUUUAGAUCAACCCCAUACGCCCUCCACAAAUUCUGAAAGUUAUGGCCAAAAUAAUAAUAAUAAAAGUAAUAAUUAUGAAAAUCACGAUAAUAAUGAUGCCAAUGCUGAUGAUGAUCAUAGUAAUGAUGUCGCUGCCAAUGCCAUCCCUUCCCCUGCCGGCAAUGGUGAUGGAAUUGCCAUAAAAACACACCUUGAAAUGAACGGCGACCCCUCCACCACUACACACACUUAUCAAAUGACUAUGUCUAAUAAUAGCCAUACGGAUUUCAGCCAAAACAAAAGGAACAACACUACUCUUCCUACUCAGCAACCAGACGAAAGUAAUUCAGCCGGAGAGCAAGAGAUCUCCCCAACUGAUCGCUGUCUGCCCACGGAAACGACACAAUCGCGAGUAGCAGCAAAUGGACAAGCAUCAUCAUCUCUUCAGCCAAGAGAAGAGUAUGAGAGCAGUGAGCAGGAUUUGAGUAAUAACAACAGCAAUGAGAAUUGUUACAUUAAUCGUUCUCCGGUCAUCGAGCAUAGCGUUAGUGUGAUCGCACAAGUAACGCCGAAGAAUAACGAUCAACGUUUAGCGGACAAUCGUGAUGGUCCAUUGAGCCAAGUAACGACGGUAUGUGAUCAAGAUCGCGAUAUUUUAAUAACCACAGCAACAAUAACAAUGGGUCAAAAGAAUACCAAAGGUGGCGAAAUGUCACCAUCGUCAAGUUCCGCACAUUUACGGGAAUUUCGCGAAUCAUCUAUACCAGCCGAAAAUACCGGAAAUGCACGGCUACAAUCGCCCGGUUUACCAACCAUAACCGUGUCGGAUUGUAGUACCGCUACCACCAACACCAGUACACCUCUGUACCCCAAUCCCACACAGUCUGCGUACUCGCAGAGGUGUGACAAUGGCGGCAGGGAAUAUUAUGAUCAUGUUGGACAGGCAAAGCAAGAGUUCAAUGAUCACAGCAACAACACAAUGUCUGGAACAAACAAAGAAUCCGCUGGCCAAAUGGAGGGCCACAGUACGGCAUCAUUAUCUUCACCAGCCUCAAGUUCAACAUCAUCGUAUCAUCGGUCGCCUUCGCCAACGUCAAUGUACUCGCAAAUGCGUUAUAAUUAUGUGAAACUAGAAGAUGUACCCGAACAAGAGGAAGAGGAAUAUGAGGAAGACAUCGAUGAUGACGAUGACACGGAUGAGGGCAAUGAAACCGAUGAAGGUGCGACAGCAAAACAUAAAACACAACAGAACAACGUAAAAACAAAUGCCACAUUUGCAACAACAUUAUCACAUCACAACAACAACCACAACCUUGACAAUGAAUUUCUUCAGCGCAAGAACUCGGCAUCGCUCAGUCCAGAUCGCCAGCAGUACGCCAGAAGCAUUGAAAUAAAUCACAGCAAUAAUAGUACAGAUUCUAAUUUGAGCACCAGCUAUCCCGAUUCGGGUAUGGGUGAAUCGAUUGCAUCGUCAAAUGGUCGCAGUUACACCACUCCCUCCAUGCAGUCACAACAACAACAACAACAGCAACAACACUAUAUGAAACACCAGCAACAUUUUGUUCGAGAUGGCACCGACUCCACCGACUGCGACGAAACUCUAACACAUUGCGAAGAAUUAAUUGAUUUUGUUGACACAACAACUGAAUUUCUCGAUCCCUCCGAACGUUUGGUGUGCAUCGAAAGCAUUAGCCUACCAGAUGUUGUUGUCGAGUCAACAAACUCUUGUGGCAAUACAUCAUCGUCGCACAGCAGCAGCGUCGGUGGUGGCGGUGCAUCCUCAUCGAAUAAUGCUUCCUCAGACGCAGCUUCAGGUGAGGAACGCGAUAUUAUUAAUAUUAAUGGCGCCACCGGUAAUGCCAUGGGCAAUGUUCACUUCAUACCCAUACAUGUGGAGGGCAGUGGCAGCGGCCGUUCGUCGCCAAGGAAGCAAAGUGUUGACGACAGUGUUGUUGGCAGUGGCAAGGCAACAAUUGAAAUAAUCGAAGAUGUCACCGAAAUGCCACAGUUUAAUAUGGCACACAAGUCAAAUCAACAAAACGAUUUAAAAGCUGAAAGUUUGAAAAAGGAACUCUUGGAGCAGAAAACUCAAUUUACGCUACAACUGGAAGAUGCGCACAAAAAUGUGAAUCAACUGCAAACGAAAAUCAAUGAAAUGCAAAUGAAAAUUGAAACCUUAGAACAAGAAUUAUCCACCAAAACCUGGAAUGUUGAAAGAUUACAGGGAGAAUUAAAUGCAGCUCAACGGGAUGAUGAAUAUGUCCGCCAAAAACUGAAAGUACUGGAGGAUGAAAAGACAAAUCUACGCCAUCGUUUUCACGACUGCGAAGAUGAGUUGAAAGCGAAAUAUGAUGAACUCGAAACUCAGUAUAACGAAUUACAAGAAAAAUAUAAACAAACGCAAGCGUUGGCUAGUAAUUUACAAACCCAAUUGGCUCAAGCCCAAACCGAUGCCCAGGAACAGCGCGAUGAAGUCGAAAGGAUACGCACAUCACUGGAAGAACAGGUAGCUUUGCUGAAGAGUGCUCUGGAAAAUUCGGAAAAUGAGAGGAAAAUAUGUGAGGAUAAAUGGCAAAGAGAAUUUGAAAUGCUUCGGACACAAAAUAUGGAACGUGAAGAAUCCAUAAUGACCGACUGUGAAUGGCAAUUGCGUGAAACGCAAAAGCAAUGCAAAGAACGUAUAGAUAAAGUCGAGGCAGCACGUAAGGAAGCCUUUGAAAAUGUCGAACUUCUCGAAAAUGAACUGGAAGCGUUGAGCAAAGAAGCCGAUGAUUUGAAAAUCUAUCAGAAACAGGUUACCUCGUUGCGCGGUGUUGUCAAUGAACAGGCCACAUCCAUACAAACUCUGAUGUCACAAAUCGAAUCUCUGAAGACAGAGUUAGAGACAGCCAACACUAGUCUGCAGGAACAAAUUGAGGCUGUUACCAAAAUAAAAUUCCAUUGUGAUAAUGCUCUCUAUGAUAAGGAACGUCAAAUGAUUUAUCGAAUCGAUGAAGUACGCAACGAAGCUGCCGCAUUUUGGGAAGAUAAACUGUACACAGAGAUGACAAGACUGAAAAAUGAACUUGAAUCUGUUUAUGUGGACGAGCGACGCGAUGCCUUGGAUAAGCUGCAAGUGGAGCAUGUUGAAGAGUUAAAGGCCCUCACAAAUCGUUAUACCGCCAACGAGGAAGAGCUGCGAGCAGAGUUGACCGAAGCCCAGGAGGCACUGGAACGUAAAUCGAGAGAAUUCUUGGAAUUAAGAGAAAAAUCUGAUCAGGCUUUGCUACAGACUCGCAUGCAUUUGGACCGGGCAGAUCGUGACUUCCAAAAAGCCAUGUGUCAGGAAGAAGAAAGACGGGAAGCUUUGGAAUUGAAAUUGCGCAACGAAUUCGAGGAGGAGAAGCAAGAAAUGGAGGAAAAAUUCCGUGAACGUUUAGGCCAAGUUAAAGAAGAAUUUGCCAAAGAGUUACAAAUAAAUACCCAAGAAUUAACGCGAGAGCACGAAAAGGAGCUGCAAAAACUUAAAGUCAAAUUGACAGCCGAAAAGGAACAAGCCCUCCAAGAACUGGCCGAAAGACAUCGACAGAAAAUGUUCGAUGCCGAGGAGAAAAUCAAAGAAAUCGAACUGCGCUACAAACGUGACUUGAAAGAUCUCAAAGCUGCCUACGAUGCUGAAAAGAUCGCUCUCGACAAACGGGACAUUAGCAACGCCAACGAAAUCGAACAGCUACAUCGAAAAUGUCGCUGUCUCACCAAUCUCUUUGAGGAGAUGCGUAUGCGCUAUGAACGACGUGAUCCUCGUCCUGAAGACUUACGGGAAAUUGCCGAGCUACGGGAACGCUGUGAGUCUCAGGAACGUGAUAUGUAUCUGUUGACUGAUCGCCUGCGUGAAAUGCAAAUCCAAAUGAAUGAGUUGCAACAGAACAACGCCAACAUGAACAACAACAACAGCAACAACAAUAAAAAGACAAAGCAAGUCAAGAAGCCACCACCCAAGUCGAUACCCACAAAUUGCGACGUUAUCUACGAAGAAAACGAGGAACGAGAUUCACCACCACCCAAUUCAUAUGCGUCGGACACCAUCAAUGAGGAUGACGUCGAUGCCAACAACACCAACCGCACAGAUGACAGCAAAAAACAACAGAUUGUCGACAUUUCGAAGACCAAGUCGAAACUGAUCGCCGACAACCAGCAGGAUGACAGCCACAUGAUUACCGCCAUGUAAGCGACGGCCAACAAAAUGAUUGAAAAUGGCGGAUGUGACUGUGCGGCCCCAACAGAGGCCAGUUGUUGGCCGUUCCAAAUCACAAAGGGUGAUUUGUCAUGUACAACAUUUGUAUCAGAUGCUUCUACACUACCAUAUGGGGGGUGGCGCCGCGACUGCAUGUGUCCCAUGCACCAAGCACCCCCUGCCAGCCACCAUUUAUCCUCCACCCCGCACAUAAACCAUCACCAGUCGUCUCUCUUUUUUUGUAAAAUAUUUCAAUAUUUUGUACGAUUCUCUACGUAAGCACGUGGACCUUACUCUAUUUUUGUAUUUCUAAUGUGUAUUAUUAUUUAUUUCCUUAUUCUCUAAGUGAUCUGCAAAACGAUUCUAAAACAAAUUCUAUUCAUAAUUCGUUGACUAGUUUUAGUUGAUGUAUCAAAAUUUAUUUAUUUAUAUAUAUUUAAAAAAAAAAAAACAAAAACAAAGAAAACUUAAAGUUUUGUUGUUGCGAAAUUAUUCCCGAAAUAAAAAGAAAAUCUUUUAAUUUUGUACUUCAAAGAAGAAAAAAAAAAAUGAAAAUAAAGUGCAAAAACACCGAA